UCUUAAUCAACAACGUGAAUGCCGACUAAGUAAACAGAUUAUGUUGCGAGCACAUUCCCGAGCAUUUGUCAAGCCAACAUUACAAUACUCAAGAUGGCAGCUGUCACGUCUUAUAUCCAGCGAACGAAGUUCCAGCGCUGGUGUGCCAGGAGUUAUGGCGAUUCGAAGGGAGGAUAAUUCAGUAUGGGAGAGGCGAGCCCCACUAGCUCCAAAACAUGUCAGAAAGUUAGUCCGUAGUGGAGUAAAAGUUCUAGUCCAGCCCUCUAACAGGAGAGCCUACCCAAUGAAGUCAUAUUCCGACAUUGGGGCAGUCAUCCAGGAAGAUAUAUCUGAAGCCUCCGUGGUAGUGGGUGUGAAACAAGUACCCAUAGACCUCCUGCUACCCGACCGCACGUAUGUCUUCUUCUCACAUACAAUCAAGGCUCAAGAGUCAAAUAUGUCCAUGUUGGAUGCUGUUCUUGAAAAGAAUAUUCGUCUGAUUGACUAUGAAAAAAUGUGCGAUGAAUCUGGUCAGAGAACUGUGGCAUUUGGGAAAUAUGCGGGCGUAGCAGGAAUGAUUAACAUUUUACAUGGCUUAGGUUUGAGACUAUUGGCUCUUGGACAUCACACACCCUUUAUGUUCAUUGGUCCAUCACAUAAUUACCGCAAUAGCAGUAUGGCUAAACAAGCCAUCAGGGACGCAGGUUAUGAAAUCUCCCUUGAUAUGAUGCCUAAGUCCAUUGGACCACUCACUUUUGUCUUCACAGGCUCUGGCAAUGUCUCACAGGGUGCUCAAGAGGUCUUCCAAGAACUUCCACAUGAGUAUGUUGAACCUAAGCAUCUACAUAAAGUAGCCAAACAUGGAUCAACAAACAAGCUGUAUGUGUGUGUAGUACGUAGGGAGGACCAUCUGGUGCAUAAAGAAGGAAAACGUUUCUGUCCUGAUGAAUAUGACUCUCAUCCCGAACGAUAUGUCUCCACAUUUAGUAAUAAGAUUGCUCCACAUGCUUCUGUUAUAAUCAAUGGCAUUUACUGGGCACCUAAUUCUCCAAGAUUAAUCUCAAUUCCUGAUGCCAAGAAUCUCCUUCAACCCCAAAGCUCACCAUGGUUACCACAGAGUGAAGGCUGCCCUCAUCUUCCCCACAAAUUGCUGGCAAUUUGUGAUAUAUCUGCUGACCCAGGAGGCUCAAUGGAGUUUGUGAGAGAAUGCACUAAUAUUGACUCCCCUUUCUGCCUUUAUGAUGCAGAUGAUCACAUGGAAACGGAAAGUUUCAAAGGAAAUGGUGUUUUGGUAUGUUCUAUAGAUAACAUGCCAACGCAGAUCCCAAGGGAAUCUACUGAUUUCUUUGGAGGGCUCCUUCUACCCUAUGUCAGUGACAUGCUUAAAUCUGAUGCCACAUCAUCCUUUGACGAGUUUGAUGUCUCGCCUGUUGUAAAAAAUGCUGUUAUUGCCAGUAAUGGGAAACUGACUCCAAACUUUGAAUAUAUCAAUAAUCUCAGACGUACUAGCAGAUCAAAGCACAAGGCAAUGAAGGCUGUGCAUGAGGCAGAGAAACGUGUCCUGGUUCUUGGAUCCGGGUUUGUUGCUGGACCUGUCAUUGAAUACCUGACCAGAGAUGACAAGUACCAUGUCACGCUUGUGUCCGACUUGAAGGAAUCUGCUGAUGCUCUUGCCAAUAAAUUCCGUAACGUUGAGCCAAUGUUACUGGACACACAGCGAAACAAGGAUGAGGUUGAGGGACUCAUCAAACAGCAUGAUCUUGUCAUAAGCUUGCUGCCGUACAGUUUACAUGCUGAGAUCUGCGCAUUGUGCAUUAAACACACGUGCAAUAUGGUCACGGCCAGUUACUGUACCCCCGAUAUGAUGAGGUUGCACAAACAUGCUAUCGAAGCAGGCAUCACAGUUGUUAAUGAGGUUGGAGUCGACCCAGGAAUUGAUCACAUGUUAGCCAUGGAGUGCUUUGAUAUUGCCAGGGAUGCAGGUGGAAAGGUAAAGUCAUUUGUUUCUUACUGUGGAGGUUUGCCUGCUCCAGAAUUCUCCGACAACCCUCUCAGAUACAAGUUCAAUUGGAGUCCAAGGGGUGUUCUCAUGAACUGUCUGUCUGGAGCAAGAUAUUUGAAGGAUGGAGAGGUAAUUGACGUUCCUGGCGAGGGUCACUUGUUGAACGUGAUUGAGCCAAAGACAUUCCUACCAGGGUUUCACCUAGAGGGCUACCCCAACAGAGACUCCACAAUCUACGGCAAGCUAUAUGAUAUAGAAUCAGCACAUACUAUCAUUAGAGGCACACUCAGAUAUAGGGGCUUUGCAGAGGCAGCUCAAGCCCUGUUGGAUAUUGGGCUGUUGAGUUUAAAGGCACACCCCCUCCUCCAUCCAGCUGGACCUGACAUUACAUGGAAAGACUAUCUCUGCAAUACAUUUGGCACAUCAAUGGACAUUCUUCCAGACUCCCUGAGAGAACUUGUUUUUGACAGAGUUGACCAGGAAGAUAUCAGGAUGAACUGCAUUGAAAAACUGGGAUUAUUUGAAGAUACAUUAAUAGACAAGAGACAUACUCCCCUGGAUACACUUUCCAACUAUUUAACAAAGAGACUCAGUUAUAAUGCUGGUGAAAGAGAUCUGCUAAUAAUGCGUCAUGAAAUAGACGUUGAAUACCCCGAUGGUUCCCUAGACCGGGAAGACAUCAAUUUUGUUGUGUAUGGUGACCCUAAUAGUUACUCUGCCAUGGCCAAAACUGUGGGUUUCCCAACUGGCAUUGCAGCAAAGAUGGUUCUAGAAGGUGAGAUCCAACAAAAGGGCAUGGUUCUUCCACUGACCAGAGACAUCUAUAGGCCAAUUCUAAAGCGACUUAAACAAGAAGGCAUCGUGGCAAAUGAGAGUAAAGUAAUGAGUAAUGAAGCCGUCCCAAGAGUGCAGGCUAUUGUGUAGAUGUUGGAUUAUGGGAUAGCGAACAUUGUACAAUUGUAAAUAUUUGCAUGGGAUUGCUAUACCCAUAUUUGCCAUUUUUCAUAUGAUAUUUGUUUUAUUUGAUCCACCUUAUGUGCACCUUAUAUUGUAGACCAGUGCAUUUAAUUCUAUGAAUUCAUAUGAACAUUUUGAUUGAAAUUUGAUAACGUUUAUUGAAAGUUGUGUGUGAAAUAUGGAAUUUUUUCUUUUUGAACAAAUUAUCUUUUUAUCAGAAUUAUAAAUAUGUUUUGUCAGGCAGCCAUAAUCUUACCUCUGAUAUCUUUUGUUAGGGUGCCAUUUAAAAUUGUCUCAAAUUGUAGACAAAUGUACUUAUACUGUACAGUGCAUAAUGUAUAUAAACAUGCUUUUACUUCAAUUAGACAGUAAAGGCAUUAUGGAUGGUCAUUGAAAAAUUAAAGGCCCUGUGCAAAGUUUGACAGUAUUGUUCAAUCAUUAACUUUCAUGGUUAGAAUUGAUUGACAU